AUGAGCUCCUGGACGGGAGCGUCUGUUGUCGGUGGCACUGGCAGAAACAGGGGAAACGAAGAGCCCGGUGACGAUAACAGCAGGACUGAGGGUCACGAUCAACGGAUGAAGGCGAUGAGACCUUGGCCGAGGGGCGCAGAUCAAGCUGGGGAUCACCUGUCGGGUCGCCCCGCUGUUCACAGCAGAUUUACCCAUCCCGUCAUCACGGGCCCCUUAUCCAGAGAUUCAGAUCCACUCCGGGCAGAAUCGAGAGCAGGGGCAGGCUCAGGGCCGCCUUCACAAAACCAAUCAAGUCACUCGCACGUCUCAGAGUCAGAGAAUGAAGAAGAGGACGAUAGGAAUGAUGAGGACAGCGCCGAAGACGGAGAGGAAGAAGGCAGCGGCGUGGUCGAAGUGACAGGUCGGGCGGCGGACUCGACGGAGCCACCGCUGUGCAUCUCUUCAGCAGAGAGGAGGAUGAGUAAAAGAGAGAAGAGCAGGAUUAAAAGUCUGAGAAGGAGGCAGAGGUGGAGGGAGAGAUGGAGACCGAGUCAGCAGCAGGAGAGCGCACAGAGUUCAACAGAGACCCCCACCACCAGCAGCAGUUGCAGCAGCACGGAGGAUGAAGAAGCCCUGAGCAUGAGAGAGAAAGAAGGCUUCAUUUGUGCCGUGUGCUUGGAUGUGUACUUCAGUCCUUACAUGUGUCACCCAUGCAGUCACAUCUUCUGUGAGCCCUGUCUGAGGACACUUGCAAAGAACAGCCCCACAAAUACCCCCUGUCCUCUCUGCAGAACCACCAUCACUCACGUCUUCUUCCAAAAGGAGCUGAACCAAACAGCAAAGACAUUUUUUCCCAAGGAAUACCUUUCCAGGAAGCAGAACUUUCAGAGAGCACCGUGCUCAAAGUGGCCCCUCCCAAGCUGCAGGAAGCUCUUCCGCAUCUUUCGUGGUUUCCAGAGGCAGUCAAGCCCAAGUGUUAGACGCCAGUUCCCCCACGGAGGAGAAUUCCCUCUCGACACCAUCGACUUCGAGGACGGCCCUAGAGGUUGGCGUUUCGACAUGGACAUGGUCAUAAUCUACAUCUACUCCGUCAACUGGGUUAUUGGCUUCUUCAUAUUCUGCUUUCUUUGCUAUUUAUUCUUCCCUUCCUUUUGACAAUCCUAUCAA